AUGAUGUCACUGGGCUGUAAGUCACCGCUGCUCAGACACGUAGUGUGCCACCGCAGACAGGUGCUCAUGGUGCUGAAGGACCAUCACAGACAGGUGCUCAUGGUGCUGAAGGAUAACUCCGAAUUAAACCUGUCCUUCACUUUUAAAGUUGAUGGAUUCAGUUAUGUGAUUUUUGCUUCAUCUGAGAACAUGAAAUGUUUUGGCUGCGGCGCAGAGGGUCACCUGAUCAGAGCGUGCCCAGAACGAAUGGAUCAGAAUGUGCCGCGUAAUGACGCACAGACACCGAGCACCUCUGCAGCCUCCGCUGAGACCAGCGCGGAGGCAGCGGAGCCAUCGGGGGACGCGCCCCCGGCCCCAACGCCUCCCCCCGCGGACAGCGCUGCUGAGGACCCCCCUGACGACCCAGACAGCGGGUCCGGGUCUGCGGAGCCCGCGGUGGACCCCGCGGUGGAGCCCGCGGUGGAGCCCGCUGCUGGGCCCGCGGUGGAGGCCCCCACUGCUGUCAAUGACCCUGACAGCACUCCUCCUCCCCCCGAGGAGCAGGUGUGUGACAUGAGCCAGGAGCUGAGCAGUGUGGGAGACAGUGACUCUGAGUUUUUAGAUGAGGAGAUGUCAGAUGGGGAGCAGUGUCUCUAUCCUCAGAAGAGAAAGGGAGGCAGUUCUCAGAGCACUGAGAAACCGUUUAAAGUCACACGCAGUUUGAGUAAAGGUGUUAAGUCAUGUUCAGCUGCAGACAUAAGAAAGUUUUUGAGAGACACUAAAGGGAUGAGGAGUGUAAAGGUAGAAAACUAUUUUCCUAACCUGAAGCUUUUCUCUGAGACGGCCCGGCCCCUGGUGUGGAGCUCCAGCUCUCAGGUUGAGGACGCUCUCACAGACCAGGAGAGAUUCAGGCUUAAGAAACUCCUGAGCAAAGUCAGGGCCCAAGUGGCCAGCAGUUUAAAUAUUAAUGGUUGCCGGGACAGAGCGAAGCGAGCUGCUCUGUUCCAGUUCUUGCAGAUGAAAGGAGUAGAUGUGGUGCUCCUACAGGAGACACACAGUACUGCAGAGAUAGAGUCAGACUGGAGGAGGGAGGUGGGGGGCCAGCUGGUCCUCAGCCAUGGCUCCGCCUCCAGUGCAGGAGUAGCAGUGUUGUUCUCCAGGAGGUGUCUUCCAGUGAGUGUAGAGACUGAGGAGGUGGUAGCGGGCCGCCUGCUCCUGGUACGUGCACAGUUGGAGACCACUACAGUAACAUUUGUGUGUGUGUACCUGCCGUGCACCGGAGCACAGAGGGUCCUGAUGAUGGACACUCUGUGUGAAUGCAUCAGGGACUGCACAGACUCUGGGGACGUCCUGUUCGUGGCCGGGGACUGGAACUGUACUGUGGAACCACAACAUGACAGGAAUCACCCUGAGCCCCACCCGGCCUCCUCCCUCAGGCUGAGGCGGCUGUUGGAGGUCCACAGUCUGGAGGACGUGUGGAGGACUCUGCACCCAGGCGUCCGUGAGUACACGUGGUCCCACUGUAAGGACAAUGCUCUGUCUCUGGCUCGUUUGGACCGAGUGUAUGUUCCGGGACACCAGCUGAGCAUGUGCACUGCGGCUCACUUCAGUCCUGUGGGCAUCUCUGACCACAGUUUUAUUGUUUGUGUAAUUCGAGUGUCUAAUGUGCGGGUGGGCAGUGCUUACUGGCACUUUAAUAAUUCACUGCUUUUGGAUAAAAUGUUUGUUUGUGCUUUUAAAGUGUUUUGGGAGUCCCACCAGCGAUGUAAGGCCCACUUUGUGAGCCUGCAGCGAUGGUGGGACUAUGGGAAAGUGCAGAUAAGGCAGCUGUGUCAGGAGUACACUCAUGGUGUCACAAGAGACAGGGCCCGGCUUGUGAAGGAGCUGGAGACUACAGUGGUAGAACUGCAGCGUUUAGCAGUUUCUACAGGAGAACGGGGGUGUUUACAGUCCCUCAAAGCACAAAAGUCGGCCUUGGCCAGCCUGCUGGGCUCCUCUGCACAGGGGGCUCUGGUCCGGUCCCGCCACAUGGAUCUGACCCUGAUGGAUGUACCCUCUCAGUUCUUCUUCAGUCUGGAGGUAAAGAACGGGCAGAAGAGGAUCAUCCAGUCUCUGCGCUCGGACGGCGGUCGCCUCAUCACAGACUCUGCCGAGGUCAGGAGCUUUGCCGCAGGCUUUUAUGAACAUUUGUUUAGCUCGGAGCUGCGUCCCGGGUCUGUUAUGGGAGGCCGGUUUGGGGACGGUCUGCCUCAGGUCAGUGAUGAGGACAAUAAGAAACUGGAGGCCCCACUGACUCUGGCUGAACUGGGCUCUGCGGUGGGGAGUCUAAAACCAGGCAGAGCUCCGGGCAUAGACGGACUUUCGGCCGAUUUUUACAAGGCCUUCUGGGACGUCUUGGGGCCAGACCUUCUGGAGGUCUUUAUGGACAGUCUGGAGAGCGGUCGUUUGCCCCUGAGCUGCAGAAGAGCAGUACUGACUUUGCUCCCAAAGAAGGGUGAUCUGCAGCUCCUAAAGAACUGGAGGCCGGUGUCGCUGCUCUGCAUGGACUACAAGAUCCUGUCCAAGGUGUUGGCGUCCCGGCUGAGAGGGGUCAUGGCCUCGGUCAUCCACGUGGACCAGACGUACUGUGUGCCCAGCAGGCUCAUAGGGGAUAACAUCACCCUGAUCAGAGACGUUUUGGAGGUCUCCGGCUCAUUGGGAAUCAACCUGGGACUGAUUUCCAUAGACCAGGAAAAGGCGUUUGACCGGGUUGAACACCAGUACCUCUGGCAGACCAUGACUGCCUUUGGGUUCAGCUCUGGGUUCAUCGCCCACAUCCAGACUCUGUAUUGUGACGUCAUGAGUGUACUGAAGGUGAAUGGGGGGCUCAGUGCUCCGUUCAGUGUGGGGAGGGGCAUCAGGCAGGGCUGCUCUCUGUCUGGGAUGCUCUACUCCCUCUCCAUCGAGCCCCUUCUGCAUCGGCUCAGAGCUGACCUGCAGGGGGUGCUGCUGCCUGGAGCACGACCAUUUAAGGUCUCUGCGUACGCAGAUGAUCUUAUUGUGUUCGUUAACAGCCAGAGGGAUGUGGAGGUCCUGGCUGACACGGUGCAGGUCUUUGGUCAGGUCUCCAGCUCCAGGGUGAACUGGAGCAAGAGCUCGGCCACUCUGCUCGGGGAGGACACUGUGUGGAGGUCACACCUGGGCCCCGCCUUCAGCCCGGCCUGGGGGGCCCUGUACAAGCCCCCUCUGACCAAGAAACAGGGGGACCUGCAGUGGAGGCUGCUGCAUGGGGCAAUAGCAGUCAAUGCCUUUGUGUGUAGGGUGAACAGGGCUGUGGGGGAGGGCUGUCCCUUCUGUGGGGAGAGGGAGACAGUGUUCCACUGCUUCUGGGAGUACUCCAGCCGCAGCAGGAGGAGGUGGCGGCUGCUCAGUUUCCUCGUUGGUCAGGCCAAGAUGGCCGUCUAUGUGAGCAGGAGGAGGAUGGUCCAGGACCAGAGUGAGAUCAGUCCCAGGGCUCUGCUGGUCCGGAUGGUCCAGGCCAGACUCAGGCUGGAGUUUGGUCUCUACAGGAUAAAUGGGGAUCAGGAGGGGUUUGAGGAGCGCUGGGGGUUCAGGGAGGUGUGCUCUGUGAGGGAGGUGUCCUCUGUGAGGGAGGUGUGCUCUGUGAGGGAGGUGUGCUCUGUGAGGGAGGUGUGCUCUGUGAGGGAGGUGUGCUCUGUGAGGGAGGUGUCCUCUGUGAGGGAGGUGUGCUCUGUGAGGGAGGUGUGCUCUGUGAGGGAGAGCUCUCAAGAAACAUCAGCACUAGUGUGUGAACGGCACAGAGGAUGGCCCCGCCCACAAAGGAUGGCCCCGCCCACAGAGAACGACUCCACCCACCGAGAACAACUCCCGCCGCCCACAGAUAAUGACUCCGCCCACAGACAAUGA